AUGCGGAAAAAGAGGAUAUACUGCAGCGAAAAUGAGUGAGUAUUUUUCGGUUUUCAUCCGUAACUUUGUCAAAAACAAUCAUCUUGUCCUGAAAUUUCAGCAAAUUAAGUGAAAUGAUGUUAUUGACGAUUUGAAUUAGAAGUUGAAACCGAUUCCAAAAAAAAAAACUCAAAGAAAAUUAUUUUUGAACAUUCAUUCAAAAUCGCAAAAAAUAUUCAACAAAACCAGUAAACCGGUAUAAAAGACGCCCAAUUCAAAAAAAAUGAGAAAAACAGAUCAAAUACUCCGUAGCAUAGGCUUUGGAUUUGAUAAAAGCCUUGCAUCUCCAGGACAUUGACUCGAUAAGUUUGUCCAACACGCUCAUGGGAAUCUUCUUCCAAACUUCUUCGUUUUUUUCUUUUUCCGAAAUUUCAGGCCCAAAAAAAUCGUUUUUUUAACAACAAACUUCUUCGAACUUUCAGGUCAAAACAAUAAUUUUUUUGACAAAGUUAUGAACGAGAAAUCAUAAAUAAUCAUCCAUUUUCGCUAUUAAUUAUUUUUUUCCGCAAUUAUCGCGAGAGUUUCUAGCUUAAAUUCGGUGUUAAUAAGGUCAAGCUUUCUUUAUCUCAUCAUAAACUAUCUUGAUAAUAAAAAAAUUCAAAAACCUCACAUCAAGUGUUCCAGUAGUCGAUAAUAAAAAGUGAUUAAAAAAAUAUUUUUUUAGAUAUCAAACUGCACUAUUUGAAGUUGUCGUUGAACCUCCAUGGAUUUCAAGCAGAAACAAGUUCGUUGAAAGGAUCUGAAAUAUUUUCAAGAUUGAAAAAGUCAAGUCGAUUGCAUUAUAAGAAACACAGUUUUUUUGACUGAUUACCUAUGUAAAAUCGUAAGUAAGUUAGGAAUGCUUUAUCGAGUCAGAAGAACUAACUAGGCGGUGCGCUAGAGCUCCGCUCGGCCUUGUCAUAACUAAUCCUAGACGCCGAAGGCCGUGACGGCAUUUUCCGCGGGGGUCCCAUCAUCGCUUUGUCAGCAUCGCGCUGCCAACAGUUUCUGCUUCGGCCACCGGAAUGGGCUUCAGCGUGACUUUGCGUAUCCAAUUCGCAAGCGAAAAGGAUCGGCACUCCGGGAGUCCCGCGGGCCUAAUCUACUAGCGCUUAUAACUCAGAAAACUAUUUUGGAAACUAGAUCUUUAAUGAAGGUUCAAAACUCAUCUUGAAGUUGAAUGUUGAAACCGGACGAAUCGUGAAGGAAGCAGAAAUGAUGAUUGAACGCAGGUCGAAAAAGUAGAAAUGACACGUUGCCACGUGGUUUUUUGUACGUGUUAAUUUUUUCGAUACCAGAAAAAUGACACGCCACGGGGUUCACGUGUUGCAAAGAAUGAAUUUUUUUAUUCUGAAAAAAAUUCUGGGUCAUGACGCAAAAAGAACCAGUUUUUAAUUUUUGGGCUCUCUAGUUUUUUUCCGUGAAUAUGUAUCGUUUUUUUCCCCCUUGUAGUAACGUAAUUCGUGUAACUUACAUUUCUUACAGCUCAAUUUUUCUUCAUUUUAAUUAAUUUUCCCAAUUUUUACGCUCAACUUUUAAUUCUAAAUCUCAGUUAUCAUUCGAAAAAUAAAAGGCGUUUCAAGUUAUUAUAAUUAUUUAUUCACAGGCAAGAAAAAAGUAACACUUACAGAGCGGACAAGUAAAAAAAAACGAAAAAUUAUCGUAUGAACCCGUAGAAAAUGAAGGAUGUGGCCCUAAGUUCCGUUCGAACCAAAAAAACAAUGAACUUGAGCAAACUUUGCCUCGAAAUAUUCAUUAAAAUAUAUUUCAAUAUCCUUGUUCAACACAGCCUGCAUGUCUAAUCGCCUCGAAUUUCUUUAAAAAUAUAAAUUCCCGUUUUUCACAUUUUUCAAUAGGUGUUCUAUGUCUCGUCUGAACAUGGGAAUAGUCCAACCGAAGCAACAGUUGGUGAUCCCGAACAUCUGAAGCCAUUGGAAAGGGUGAUAAAGACGAGAAAAAGCCGGUUGGAAGCGGCCAUUUGUGGCUGGGCGCGGCUGCCUCGAGAAAAUACUUGGCCAGCUUCAUCAUCCUGCCGUUUCAUCACCUCCUGAACUGAUUAUCGAUUGAUGACGCGAUUUUUUCUGCUUUUCCUGCCAUUUCUGUCAUCUUUUGUUUCCGCAUGCCAUCCACAGUUUGAGAAGGAGCUACGGUAUUUGGACCUGUACUUGGGAAUCAAGCCGGACAACGACGGAGUUAUCCCGCAGAAAGGUUGUUUUUUUUUUUUAAAUUUUUCUGUUUAAAAAUUUUUUCUGUAAUGUUUUAAGCAGAAGCUUUUGAAACCGUUUUAAUUCUUGAAAAUUGAAAGAAUUGUCCCACGAUUCUACAAAGAGAUUUUUUACUACAGAUGAAUUUGUCUUGUUUGUUUUAAAAAUCUCGCGCCUUUGAAGCCAAGCAAACGUUUGAUUUUUCUCAUUUAAUUUUCAUAAAUUUUUACUAUCUUUAAAUGGAUAUUACUUUUUCGAGUUUUUAUGCAUGAUAAUUGAAUCAAAUGAAGCAAAUUUUACCAUCGAAAUAUAAAUUUUUUCUUGAUUUGUAACAGAAUUGAACAAACUUCCUCAAAUUUAUCUGAAAUAAUUUUCAAAAUCAAUUUUCACACUUUUUCUUCUUUUUCUCACCUUUUUUUAAAAGUCUUCCGUGUUUUUCGAAAAUCGAAAAAUUGUAUAUUCGCCUGAAUUUUUAAUCAAUUUUCAUGUUUUCUUUCAGAACCUGUCAAUUUCGCAACCUACAUUUCCACUCCUGAUCAGUUGAACUGCGAUUUUGAGCAUGACUGUCUUUGGAGGAACUCCCCGUCGGAUAAUUUGCUCGACACGUCUGAUUGGUGGUAUUUCGUGGUAAGGGAAAAUUUCAUUUAUCGUUAUUUUUGGAUAAAAAUGUCUGGAAAUACUUCAGAUAAAUUCUUUUUCUCAUUAGUUCGCUUAUUAAGAAACUUAUGAAAUAUUUUCUGAAGCCAGCGUUAAAUGAGUUAAAAAUUUUCUUUUAAACAGAAAUCCGAUGACAAGGCGUUCCCAGUACAGAUUCAGCCAGGAAAAGCGGAUAUUCCUAAAGGUUUUUAGGCUUUUUUCGCAUGAAAAUAUGUCAGGAGAACAUAUUUUGGUAGCUGGAAACACCACAAAUAGCCCAGAAGGUGCCGUUUUGACGUCGGCCCCGAUCGCGUGCCAGAAAAACACGGCGAAUCUCACUUUUAGGUUGAUUUUCUUUCCUGGAACUGUCAAAAUUGUUAAGUUUAUAGUUAUUGGCUGUAUAAUCACGCACAAAUCGAAGUCGUCAUUUUGAAAGCGAUGAGCCGGAGGAGGCAUUUACAGGUGAAUUUCGAUAAGAAGAAAAUUAAAAUAAUGAAAAAUGGGUAUUUUUUCGAAUUUCCAUUGUGAAAGAUAUUAGAUUAUCGUUACUAAGUGUUAUUUUAUUAAAAAAAUUUUUGUCUUCGUUUUUCGUGAUCCAUUUUUCCUCGGAGAACAUAGAAAUGGAAAAAGGUCACAACAGCUUAUGAAAAAAUUGAAAAAAAUUUCUGUAAGGUUUUUGAUUAUUGGUCCUUGAACUAUUAGCGACUUGAAAAUCUAAGUCAAGAUUAUUUUUGAAAAAUUUAAAGGUAUUCAAAUUUUUGUCUAAAAAGUUUUUUCAUUUCCAGUCUGCCUUCAGAAUUCAACAAUCCUAUGUUCCUGAGAAUUUAAAUUUUUAACUUUAAACUCUCAAAAAAAUGGCCUGCCAAACCAAGAUUCGCAGCGUCGAACAGCUAGACACACAAUGACGACUAAACCAGCGCGCAAGUCGGCGCGAGUCGGAGGCAACAGUAAACGGGGGGCGCAGUAGGAUUUUCGCGUCAACGCUAGUGACGAUAUCAACUAGGGCGGUCAUACACUUCCUGGUGAUUCUAGUCUUUUCCGAAGCGUUUUGAAAUUUUGGUCGGAUGUAUUGAAAUACGAAAGAAACUAAUAGAAUUUCUCUUAUUGAAAAUUAUUUCGAAGCAGUUUCAAUGCUCGAAAUUCAAAAUUAUCUCUGACUCUCCGAAGUUUAGUUAUCUUUUUCACACUCUGACGGCUAUUUUUCAAUUCUACAGAAUCAAUUUAAACGCCAUUAGGAGAUUAUUUAAUGAAAUAAUGAAGAAAAUUACUUUUCCGAUAGGAGAUUUGUAUUGAAUCGCAGAUUCUAUCGAGGCCGAAAAUGAAAUGCGACUUCCUCGGCGCCGCAAAUGAGGAAUGCCGUGUGGAAAUCCCGUCCAUCAAGGAACCUUUCCGCAUAGGAAUCAGAGCCUUCAAUCUGAAAGUUUGAAAAUUAUCAAAACCCGCGAAAAAUGACGAUUUUUCAGGACAAUGUGGUUGGUAGCAUGGCCUUGAUCAACCAUAUUCGAUAUCACGGAAAAAUUUGCCAGGAGUCACGUUAGAUUUCAAAAAAUGAAUUGAAAAAAUGUAGAAAAAUUCAGCUUUUCCCUCGUUUUUUGCCUCGCUUCACCUGCCUCCCUAUGAAGAAAUGAGCGUCCGAACAAUGUCGGAUUUGAGCUGCGAAAGGCCGCUGAGAAAUUGUCGGUCAGCAGUUUUUUCAUAUGAACUGGUCGCAUUUGGAACGGCUCGAAGCUUUAUUUUAAUUGAAAAGUGGUUUUUUUAGUUGGAGCAACAAAGGUCGUCAUGGUGCGACGCAAUGGCGUGUGGGAAGAAACGUGGAUCGUUGGGCGGAAAUGUUUGAGGUGAGGUGAGGGAAAACCCCAGAAAGUUCUGAGAAACUACGAAGAUUCAGAAAAAAGUGAUUUGAUUUUCAGGUCAACGCGACAAAAUCCCAUCCGACGUCUUCUUUCUUAUUCUUGGCCGUCGACGCCUUCUCGCCAAGACCAUAUCCCAUUUUGCACAGUCAACUGAUUCCUUGCACUCAGAGGACCUCGACGCUUUCCUUGAAGUUUUCCUGUAACUUCCAGAGCCUACAACAACAUUAAUUUUAAGAUAUUGGCUCAAAGUUGGCACCCAAGUCGAAGUUUGUGCGGUAGAUGAGGACGGAAUCGCCCUGAGUUGCGCUUAUUUGAGCGACGAGGACAGUCCUGGCCCGAUUUCCAUCGACGUCGACGCCUAUGAUCGGCCUUUUAGGGUUUACACGGAUUUUUAACUCGCAUGGUUGCUUUUUCGCGACUUCUCUGCGCCCUCCUCGUUUCUCGACGACUCUCUCACUUUGACGUGCUUUUUCCCGGUUUCUCUGAUCUCGCUAGUGAGGGAACAGAGAGACGCAGACAUGCGGAAACUGUAGCUGACUUGAGCAAUCGAAAAAAGGGUCCUGACACGAAAAAUGAGAGGUAGUGUCUGGUUUUUGGAGAGCGCAGACUCGGUAGUAUUUUUGCAGAAACGGGAAAAAGGAACCAUUUUCAUCAUUUUAGACCAAUUUUUAGCUUAAUUUCUAUCCUCCGACUUCCGUAAUGCGAAACGGAGGUGUUCCGGACGUUUCUGGGCAAUUCUAGGGAUCACUUAGGAGUGCUGACGCUACUAAAGUGGUCACUAGAAAGGCCCACAACCGUCCGAGUCGAAAAACUUUUUUAUCAGUUUUCUUUUUUUCUGAAAAAAGACGAAACCCUUUUCCAGUUUACCAUCGAGAUCAUCGCAUUCGAUGAGAAUACGAUCGGACUCGUCGCAGUUUCCGAAAUGUCAGUCAGUGGACUUUUGUGCAGUGAACCGACGCCUCCCGUUGUCACCACCAUCUCACCGCCUACUGUAACCUCUCAUAUCACAUCAAGCCAUUCUCUCCCCUGCAGAUCAAACGACUGUUCGGACUUCAACCAGGCGCCGGAAAGUAUGUUCCAUACGACCUGACUCUCAACUGCAACUUUACCAAAGUUUGAUCAGUUUGAGAAACACUGAAAUAUUUCCCACUAUAGGAUUACUGUAGUCAGUGGGUCAACGACGACGAUACGGUACAGUAUGGAAUCGCCCCCCGGGAUAGCGACUUCUUCCCGGUGCCCAAGGAAAUUCGAGGUUUCUUCUAGAAAAUGAUGGAAAGAGCUGUUUUUUUGAAGGAAACGUGGCGGUUUUCACGAUGACCGACGCCUCGAAAUCGGUCCUUCGUUCUCGCCAAGUCCCCUGCUCGAAUAACGCCGUCAUCGCCGUGGUUUAUAUGAAGUUGGUGGUUGGAAUUGGAUGAUUUAUUACUAUUUUCUAUCGUUUUUUCAAACAAAAAAGCGCUGGUGAAAUGGUGAAAUUGUGAGAGAAGAUGAAUUUCGGUAAUAAUCUGAUUAGAUAUCUGAAUCCACCUUUUAAUAUUGUGUGAAGUUCAAUUUUUUUUAAUUUCUCAAGAACUUUCGGGUUUUAAAUUGUUGGAAAUCGCAUUUUAAAUCUGAAAAUUGACUUAUUGAGAUAUGAUUAAAGUUGCUGGGCAGAUCCAAAGAAAAAGUCAUCGCUCAAGCUCCGCCCCUAAUGGCGCGGUCAACCAAUCAGGAAGCGAGCCAUCCAUAGAGCGUUCUGGAACGACGUCAUUCUGAGGAACUCCAGAGUGGUCCUUAUAAGGGCGAAAAUUAGGGGCUCUUAAAGGGUCCCCUCUAGGGAUUACUUUACCAACUUCUAUAGGGGCCAAUAAAGCUUGCAAAAGUGGUUCCUAUAGGGGCCAUGCUAGUCGAUAGUUGUUAUAAAUUAUGAGCGGAGAAGCAUUUCCAUCGAAAACACUGAGUAAAAAAGAGACCCCUACAGGGUCCACUUGAGCUUUAGGGGCUAAAGGGUCAGUUCAGACCCUAAACCCCUAGGAAGGAUCCCUUUAUUUCACCCCUAUAUGGACCACUCUGGAAUUCCUAAGUUGUAGAUGACAAUCAGAAUUUGAAUAGGCCACGCCUAUUUUCCCUCACUAUUAUUUUUCUUUUGCAGUACUUCUUUUUCCUUUAAACUUAUCUUGAUUUAUCAGAUCGGAAGACGCUCAAAUCCGCCUCUGCGCCCUGGAACAGUGUGUGGAAGGAGCCGACAGUUCUGGGAUCGUUUCGAUCGGUGUCUCCUCUGCCACCCCCUUCUAUGUCUUUUCAUAAAAUUCCCAUCAUUUUUCAACAAUUACCUGUUAAGGUGAGCAUCGAAACCUCCUCAAGGAGCGACGCGAUAGUGGUGAUCAGCGAGAUUGCUGUAACUGGCGACGUUUGUCCCCUGAAAACCGCAGAAAGGACGGUCUGCGACCAACUUCAGUGCAAUAUCCAGAGUUUGAACGGACAAAAGUUCCCAAGAAAGGAAGAUUUUAGACACCUUCUGCAACUACGAAACGGUCGUUGAGAAAGCCCGGCGACGUCCCGUUGACUUUGACUCCAACGGGUUCGAAAAUUCAUUAGCUUCGGAGAGAACAGCUUGAAAAAUGAGAGCAUAUGUGCUCCAUGGACAUUUGACUCUUUUCGAAAAGUUCCAAAAGAAACAGUUACAAAAAAUUUUAUUUUUUGAUUCAGAUGAAGCUUUCAAAAAAUGCAGACGCAACUUUUUGAACUAUUUCCUCUUACAGUAACCGGGCUACGGUAUGUGGAAAAAUAUUCUAAAUUAAUAGUGUUACAAGGAUAAGAGAACCGACUAGUUGAAGAGACGCCAGAGAAAGAGAGACUUUUCCACUGGCGUCUCUUCAGGCUUUCUGUUUUCUUUCUAAUCAGUAACAGAGGAGUAAUGUAUUUUGAACAGGUUGUCGAGACCUGUUAUGAUCUUUGGUCAUGCUCCUUUAAAUUACAGAUAAGGUUUUUGAGCAAAAAAUUUCUUUAAAAAAUAUCCGAAUGUCUCAAAUUUUUUUUUUCUCCGGGGGUCGAAGAAGAUCCUGCCGAUUCAAAGUGAUUGAAUAGCCGUAAGAGAGUGAAAAGAAAACUAAAUUUUGGAGGUUCAGAGAUAAUUUCGAACUUCGCGGAAAUUACUUUGAAUAAAAAUAAUUUCAAACUACGGCUUCAGAUAUAAAACAUAUUACAGGAGCAACGGUUACACUUAA